UUUUUUAAAAUGGAGGAGGAAGAUGAGGAAAGAAAAAACCGCAGGCCAAAACUUGCAGUUAUUAGCUCUUUGAACACCCGUGUCAUACAUUCCUCCCUGGAGGAAGGUACUGUUCGGCAACAAGUUUCAUCUGAGUCUAACGAUGUAAACACAGUAUCAAGUAUCUCAACAGCUCAGUAUAGUGAUAGAAGUUUUGUGUCCAAAGCGAGUACAUUUUCGCGAAGUGGCACUUCCAGUUCUAGUCAGGAGGAAUGUGAGGUAGCUCAAACAACAGUAACGAGUGGCCAAUACUUGGCAGCUGAACGAGUUGAAACAGCGAGAUCAAUGGAAAGUCUUCGGCCUAUCAAAGACACAUCGCCGGCACGCCCUGCGAGUUCCUGUACAUCUGUUCGUGUGCACCGUAGUUCAUUUUUAACAGCAAGUGAACGUGAUGUCAGAGAAACGCGAGGUAUUCCAGCUCGCAGAGCUUUGUCAGGCGAGGACAUGGGUAAUGCAGAAAAAAGACGAGGCCUUUUUGCAUGUACUGAACGACGUGCUCUACAACAGCUGAGUUUACCACCGCCGGAUCGCCGUUUGACAAUUUUAAGUCCACAUAGCCCAAUGGCAUCCGGGGAACUUCAAUGGCCGGUUUCUUCGGGUAUCCGCGGUCGUCGAAAGAAAGGAAUGGUGUUACCGAAAUUAAUUCUACCUCGCAGUGACUCCGAUGGCUCAGAUGUAUUUUUUGAAAGGUGCUUAUGUUAUUUACUUAAUUUUUUUUUACAUUGACUUCAUGUGUCUAUAUUUAUUGUUAAAAAUAGUCAAAAAAAUAUUAACUUUCAAAUCCUAAAAAAUGGAGUUAUAGGAUAACUCGUAAAAGAUCGAGUUUCAAUGUAUAUGUUUACAUAAGAAUUAUUUGGCAAUCAUCUCGUAUUAUCUUUGCAGUAAAAAAUAAACAUUAAACAUGCAAGGUAGUUGAAAUAAAAAGAAACAGUUAUGUUCAACACUGAUGCCAAUUUCUAGAAAACAUAUGAUCUGCUAAAUUUGCGUCAAUACUAAAAUAACGAUGUUUACGCAUUUCACUAAUCAAAACCUAUUUAUUUUCAUUGAACUUUUUUUUGUUUUUUCGGUUUACUUAAACAGUAAAUCAAACAAUAGCUUGAUAUUUUUGUUGGAAAUAAUAAAUGGCUGAAAAUAAA